UUUAAAGUUUCUACUCUUUAUAAGGCAUAAAAAAGAAAACUUAGGUGUUGGUUGGUACAUACUGCCAUUUUUUUCAAUUUAAUAAAGGUGAAAAUAAAUUUAGAAAUAGAAGAAAGAAAUAAAUCAUAGAUAUAUAAAUCAUUAUCUAUGAAUAAAUAAACCACAAACCAGUUCCCCGCCCACUCCCACGUGUUAGCAAACCACCACCCUCAGGCUAGGUCAAAAUGGCGCAACAAUUCAAUCCAAAGUUAAGCUUCAAUUUACAGCCACAGCCUGGGCAGCAAGGACUGGGACUAGGUACAGGAAGAGGACUAAACCUUGCCGGCCCAUCUACUGGAGGAGGAUUAAACCAAGGAGGAGGGAUAGGAGGAGCAAGGAACGGACUGACUGGUACUACUGCUGCUCCAACUGGUUUAACAGGUUUGGCUCCUGCUCCAACUGGUUUGACUGGUGCUAAUAAACCAGUACUAACCAUUGGACAAACUGGCCUAACUGCUCCAUCAUCAAUUCAACCUGGUUUGGCUGGUUUGAUGUCUCAACCUGGUCAGACAGGAUUGGCUGGAUUAGCUAGUUCGCAAUCUGGUUUGACUGGUUUAACGUCACAACCUGGUCAGACUGGUUUAACUGGUUUAGCCGGUUCAACCUCACAACCUGGGCAGAUUGGUUUAGCUGGAUUAACCUCAGUGCAACCUGGUCAGACUGGAUUAACGAUCGGAAAAACUGGUCAGAUGAGCCUUACAGGUUUGACCACUACUCAACCUGGUCAAACGGGAUUAACUACUACACAACCUGGUCAGACUGGCUUAACAGGAUUGACAACUACCCAACCUGGACAAAUUAAACUGACAACUGGUCUGACUGCUCCUCAAACAGGACUCAAAACAGGCUUAGGGACAAUCGGCCAGCCAAGCCUGGGAACUAGUAAAACCGGUUUAGGAACUGGUCUGACGAGUUUAACUACGACAUCAGGAAUUGGAUUGACUACUACCACUAGUGCAACUGGACCACGUGUGACAGGACUGGGUGGAGUCAACCAAGACAUCACACAGAAAUCACAGGUCCAGUCGGUGAGUGCUGGUGCUCUUCCUGAUGAAUUUGGUCAACUGGUCAGUCAAUUUGAAACAUUUCUUGCUAAUCUGAAAUCGACGAGUGACACCAUUAGCAAGUCAUCGGAGACUUUUGAAAAGAAGUUUAGAAGUGUUGGAGACCAUAUUGACACUCAGCAGCAACAAGCAACAGUAGUUAGUCAGGAAUUGCAUCAGUUGAAUCAUUCUCUCUCGUCACUAAAAGAUGAGACACACAAAGAAGGACGAGUGUUAGAGAUAGCUCAGAGAACAAGAGAGCUACCCACAGGAUUACAGCAUGAGAACACCACACCAGACGAGUACUUUAAGGAAACUGUUGAUCAUUUUGAAAAGCGUAUGAGAAUGUUCCGGAACCAGCUCGAAGAACUUGAGAGUUAUCUUCAUGCUGUUUCAGCUUCCUCCUACUCCUCUCAGUCUCUAGGACCUGGCGACAUUAUCAGUGCUCUUAACGCCCAGUACAGACCAUUCUUAGUACUAGCUGCUAGACUACAAGUGAUCCAUGAAGAGAUACAGCGACUGAAGGAGCAAUACAUUAACUUGAGGAGACUGAUGGGGCUGGAUAGUACUGACCUCUUUGUGGCUACUUCAAAUGAACAAUCAAAGAAAAGUGAUAAGAAGUCAUCAGAAUCACAAGUUGGUCCCUCACCAUUUGCUGCUUCCAUUGCACAAGCAACAGCUGCACUCACUGCCAUGGCAACUGCCGGUCAGUUUGGCAACAGUGGUAUAGGAAUUGGGACAGGAGGUAUAGGAACCAGUCUUGGUGGUAUUGGACCCAGUUUAGGUGGUAUAGGAACCAAUACUGGAGGUAUUGGAACUGGAAUUGGUGGUAUAAGACCAGGUAAUGCUGGUAUUGGUUUACCAGGGCCCACUACUGGUAUUGGAAUGGGAGCAAACAGAAUGGGAAUGGGAACAUCUGGUCUGGGAAUGGGAACUGGACUCUCAAGUGGAAUUGGAACAACUGGUCUUGGAGCCUCAGGUGGUAUUGGAAUGGGACUCGGUAAUACAGGACUAAGAACUGGUGCUGGUCUUGGAACAGGAAUUGGUACUGGUCUCGGUGGUGGUGCAGGAAUGGGAACUGGUCUUAGUGGAAUAGGAACAGGUGGUCUUGGUGGAAUGGGAACUGGUCUAGGUGGGCUUGGAGGUGGCACUGGACUAUCAGUUGCUGGAACUACUAAACCGUUUCAACUGAAACCACCUCCACCUGGAAAAAGAAAAUAACUCGUCGCACACACACACACACUGUCAAUGUUUUGAAAUUAUGAGUACUGAAAAUAAUUGUAUUUUGUGCAUGUACAACUACAAAAUUAUCUAUGGUACAUGACCAGAGUCUGGCAAA